AUGUCCGCAAGCAGGCAGUACUACCAUGCAAAGAAACGAUCGGAGGAAGAUCCUUUACAGUACCUGUAUCGGCUUAAUGUGAAGGGAAUGCAGGCGAAGAUACCGGUGAUGACUGGAUUGCCAGCUGCGCGCAAGGAACAUGUCAAUCAUUUCAUUGACACCUUGGACGACCCCGAUCUGUCCAAUCAAUUCCUACUGCUGAAUGUAGAAGACGCGGAGGCCAUGCAAAAGACACUGCACGGAUAUCAACAAGGGAGAUCGCGUCAAGGGAAAGUGAUGAUGGGAUCGUCCAAAUUCAAGCAGAAGGGAACUCAGGGUCCAGCGCUGUCUAAGCCUGCACGAGCGGUAAGGAUGGUCCGUACCGAGGACGUCUGCAGCGAGUCAGGAUCGGACACCUGCGGAUCGGAUUUGGAAGAUCGAUUGAGAUCGAUCCAUGUGGCUGCUCCUGCGGAUCGCCGUUCAUCCCCCAAUGACGUUGCAGCAAACGCGAGAUCGGUCGACCCGAACACUCGUCAAGACUAUUAA